GAUUUACUAUGCAAAUAUGCUAUUCUCACAAAUUAGAGCAAUAGAUUGAAGGAUUGAAGUUUGGCAGGCAGUGGAGAAUCUCAUCCAUCAGGCCAGGAGGCAGGAGGUGAGCUAAAACUCAGCAAAACAAUGGAUGCAACUGCUCUCUCUUUCUCUCUCCUCACCAAUCCUUAUCUCAGUUACCCCACUUCCUUUUUGCUUGGUGACACUGUAUGCAGAUUACUGCCUGUUGCAUCCUGCAAAACACUAUCAUUUCAGCUUAAAAACUCAAACACCAAAGUUUGUGCAACUAAUAGGGGAGAUAGUCCUACCUCAAAGAAGAGUAUCGUGAGAAGAGCAUUUAGAGAAGACGAAUUUAGCACACGUACAUCAUCUGACAGCAAAUCCUUGAAUAGGGAUAAACUAAUAGCGUUGUUUCGACGCAUACAGAUCGAAAUUUCUGGAGAGGAAUCAGGAACUGGGAAAUAUAGUGAGAGUUCCCAAGCAUCAAUUGAUGAUGAUUCUUCUGUCGAAACAUCAGUCCUGGAAUUUCUUCAGCAAUCGAACAAGGAAAGUAAAGCCGAGGGUUCAAGAUUGAAGCGUAGCGAAGAUCCCAGUCGCAAUAGGAAAACAACUAGAAAGGAGAAGUCAGUACAUAUCCCCCAAUCUGCAACGACUAACACAUUUACUCGUCCACCUUCCAACUUUGUGAAGAAGUCUCCAAUCCCAUCAGCAACACCAUUCGAGAGCAAUGAAAUCAAGGUGAGUAAUAGAGAGGAGUCAAGCUCAGAAGCUGAUGAAGAGUCUUUGAAGGUUGAAAGAAUGAAGCUCAGUGAGCUCAAAGUGCUUGCUAAAGAAAGAGGAAUCAGAGGCUAUUCCAAACUAAAGAAGAGUGAGCUUGUAGAAUUACUGAAGUCUCAGGUUAAUGUCUAAAUCCAUCCCCUAGUGCUUAGAUUGUGGCAUUUCAAAGUUCUGGUAACCUGUAAAGUGGACCUGUUUUUCUCUUGUUGGUGGGGAGGGAGACGGGACACGGGAGGCCGAAGCUGACACUGUUAUAGAUACAUAAUUCUUGGAUUUGAUCUAAUUUUCUUCUGUUCUGUUCAUACAGUGACUGUCAUGCAACAUUUGUUGGACAAAAUAUUGGCUUUUGUUUGUAUAUUGCUCAUUUGUCACUCUUGCUAAUGAAGUCACUCUAUCUGACAAUGAAGUAUUGGGAUGAUGUUCAUUUGUUGCCA